AUGAUCCCUGCAGCAACCCUAAUCGCCGAUGAACACAAAUUGUAUUCAUUAGCAGCCGAACGAUCAUGUCGUCGUUUUUCUCUUGCAGAGAUUCAAUCAGCUACCUUAAACUUCGAUGAUCAAUUGGUCAUCGGAAAGGGAGGGUUCGGGAAGGUUUACAAAGCUUAUCUCCAUGGAAACACAGGUACACCUGCUCUUGUUGCCAUCAAACGUUUGGAUUCUUUCUCAAGUCAAGGUCCAAAUGAAUUCAUGACCGAAAUCGAGAUGCUUUCCAAGUUCCGUCACUGUAAUCUUGUGUCUUUGAUCGGGUAUUGUUCGGAUGGCGACGAGAAGAUACUUGUUUACGAGUAUAUGCCGAAUGGAACGAUCGAACAUCAUCUCCACAAAGCUCGUACGCCUUUAUCUUGGAUGGAUCGACUCAAAAUCAGCAUUGGUGCUGCACGAGGAUUAGAUUACCUUCAUACUGGUGUGGAUACCCAACAUGGAGUCAUACAUCGUGACGUCAAGAGCUCAAAUAUUCUGCUAGAUGAGAAUUGGGCAGCUAAGAUUUCGGAUUUUGGGUUGUCGAAAAUCGGUCCAACGGAUCAACCGUCUUCUUGUGUUAGUACACUUGUUAAAGGCACUUUCGGGUAUCUGGAUCCGGAGUACUCCAUGACCGGCCAUUUGACAAGAAAAUCCGACGUUUAUGCAUUUGGGGUCGUACUGUUUGAAUUGUUAUCCGGAAGGCGAGCAGUUGAUCGGAGUUUUGAUGAGGACGAGUGGGGGUUGGUGAAAUGGGCUCAACAACGAGUUAAAGAACGAAGAUUGGAUCAAAUAGUUUGUUCUCAAAUUUCGGGACAGAUUUCUCCGAAAUGCUUGAAGGAAUUUGCACAAAUUGCGGAUCGUUGUUUGAGAAGCUCUCGAAGAGAUCGGCCUACGAUGGCGGAGGUUGUGGUGGCUCUUCAGUUGUCAAUGGUAUUACAGCAGCAGUUCAUCACUUCAACUCAGCUUGCAGGUGCAAUGGGAUUCACCAAUAUAAUGCAGAAAUAUCUAGUUUUCAGGACAUCGAGGGAUAACGAGCAUAGUGUCGAUUUUGAGCAAUCGAUGAGUCAAGAAGUUAGGAUAUAUUCAUAUAGUGAAAUGGAGGUUGCAACUAGGAAUUUCAGCAGUGAAAUGUUGUUGGGAAGUGGAGAUUUUGGGGAAGUUUUUAGAGGGUGGCUUGAUAAAAAGACAUAUAAGCCCUCGAAGCUCGAUAGCGGAUUGGCCGUUGCCGUUAGGAGACUCUUUUCGAACAAGUUUGAACCUCAUAAGUUGAAAAUGAAGGUCUUGGAAGAAUUUAAAGAUGCCAAUGUUGUUAAGGUCUUGGGGUAUUGCAUCGAAGGAGAUUCGGUACUUAUUGUUUACGAGUUCAUGCAUCAAGGAACCUUGAAGAAUUACCUGUUCAGUUCUGAGGGGAGGACAGAGCGACACGAAUUGAUUACACGGGUUAAAAUCGCGUUAGGAGUUGGUCGAGGCCUUGUUUUCUUGCGUACUCAGGCUCAACUAGCGGAUUGCUCGUUGCAGAUGCACAACAUCUUGCUGGAUAAGGAAUUUAAUGCGAAGUUCUCAGAUUUUGAUGUGGUAAUGUUGGCACCAACUAAAGAUUUCCAUCCAAGUUCAUCUUAUGAUUUGGAGGUGAAGAUUGAUGUUUUUGGUUUCGGAGUGAUAUUGCUGCAGCUACUUACCGGAAAAAUGAUAGAUGAUUCGGGUGAUUUGAUAGGAACAACACAUCGUUUGCCCGGAGAAUAUGGGUUUGUUUCGAUGCAGAGUAUUUAUUCUUCGUUGGACGAUAGAUUAAGAUUAAACUUCUUGAUGAGAAGACCGGCAUUCCAAUUAGCGUUACUCGCUCAAAAAUGUGUUGUGGAGGAACUGUGGUUGCGGCCGACUCUUGAAUCGGCUUUGGAGGAAGUCGAAGAAAUCUACGCCAUCAUGUUAAAAUCCGAGAAUAGUACCGGCAACUAGAGAGGUGAUGACUUCAUGAUUAAUACCCCUUGUAGAUAUCAUUUUGCAAAUAGACGUAGUAUAUCCUAUCGCCGUUGUUGGUUUCUGC